UUUUGGGGGAGGGCUAAAGCCGUGGGAGGGAGGCCCGGCUUGACAGGUCCUGACAGGGAAGAAGUAGACAGGUCCUGGCAGGGGAGACCUGUGGUGGCGCCAGCUCGUGUUUAAGUGGCUCCAGCGGGAUGGAGUCCCGAGCCACUGAGGCCGGGGCCAGCGAGGCUGAGCGCGCGUCAGGCGAGGGCCCGGCAAGCGGCGGCCGGGCUCCAGGGCCAGCCGACUCGGCGCCCUUAGGAGCCGCCCGGUGGAAGCUCCUGCGGCAGGUUCUGAAGCAAAAACACCUGGACAAUUGUCUACGGCAUGUAUCUGUAAGAAGAUUUGAAUCAUUUAAUCUGUUUUCAGUAGCAGAAGCUGAAAAAAGGGAAGCUGAAGAGGAAGCUGGUGCAUGGGUCCAAUAUACAAGUGUCUUCUACCCUGAAUACAGUAUUUCCUUAAG